CAAGUCUGUAUGUCAAGGAAGAAAGCUUACUCCCACUUAGCCAUGGCGACUCUCACUAUUUCCUCAUUCUUUCCCAGAUUUCUUCUUCUUUCACUCUGCCUUUUCUGGGUCUACACAAUUGAAGCUAAAUCAGAAACCUCUGUAACUAUUCACCUCUCCUCUUUUCUACCUUCUCCUGUCUGCUCACCUUCCAGCCAUGCUGCUGGAAGGAAGUCGUCUUUGGAAGUAGUUCACAAGCGAGGUCCCUGUUUCAGAAAUGGGGAUGAGAAAUCAAGUUCUGUAUCCCACUCAGAGAUUCUCCAGCAAGACCAGGCUCGAGUCGACUCAAUUCACUCAAAAUUCGCCAAGAACUCGGGCAUUGCAGGUGACGUGAAGCAGCCAGACGCUGCCGAGCUUCCAGCGAACGACGGAAGCGUGGUGGGUUCAGCGAAUUAUAUAGUUCAAGUGGGACUUGGAACACCAAAGAAAGAAUUGUCUCUCGUUUUUGAUACAGGAAGCGACCUCACAUGGACACAGUGCGAACCUUGCGUUAAAGCUUGCUACAAGCAAAAAGAACCAAUCUUUGACCCCAGGCUUUCCACUUCAUAUUCUAAUAUUUCUUGCUCUUCAACGCUCUGCAGUUCACUUUCUUCAGCCACAGGAAAUUCGCCCGGUUGUGAAUCGUCAACCUGCAUCUAUGGCAUCAAAUACGGGGAUUCUUCCAUCUCCGCCGGAUUCUUUGCCAAAGAAACGAUUAGUUUAACUUCUUCAGACGUUUUUCCAGGCUUCCUCUUCGGCUGCGGUGAAAAUAACCAAGGUUUAUUCAGCGGCGCCGCCGGUUUGCUCGGUCUUGGCCGUGACCCAAUUUCGAUAGUCUCUCAAACAGCGUCAAAAUUCAACAAGCUUUUUUCUUAUUGCCUUCCGUCGAGCUCCAGUUCAACUGGCCACCUCACUUUUGGCAACGGCGGUGGCAUUUCAAAAUCAGUACAAUUUACGCCGUUAUCUACCAUCUCUCAAGGGACUUCUUUUUACGGCCUUGACAUAACGGGAAUCUCCGUCGGCGGCCAAACACUGCCUAUUCAAUCAUCGGUUUUCACGACGGCGGGAGCUAUUAUCGACUCGGGAACUGUGAUCACGCGCCUCCCACCUGAUGCUUACUCCGCUUUGCGGACUGCGUUUCGUCAACAGAUGUCAAAAUAUCCAACCGCACCGGCUCUCUCUAUUCUUGACACGUGUUACGAUUUUAGCAAUUACACGACUAUUUCCGUGCCUGAAAUUAGCUUCUCCUUCAAAGGCGGCGUCCUAGUGAACAUCGACGAGACUGGACUUUUGUACGGUACUUCUCUGUCGCAAGUUUGCCUGGCUUUCGCCGGAAACAGUGAAGCCAGUGACGUAGCGAUCUUCGGGAAUGUACAGCAACAAACUCUAGAGGUGGUGUACGACGCCAACGGCGGCAGGGUUGGCUUUGCUCCGAACGGUUGCUCUUAGCCGAUUCUCUCAACAAAAAUUUAGAAGUAUACGUAAUAUUAAUGAUUUGUAAUUUGUGCAAGUCUAAUGAGCUCGGUGAGUUAAUUCGAGUUUGGCUCGGAUCAAAUAAAGGUAAAAACCAAAUUGCAUAA